AUGGCAAAAAGUGCUUUAUUUAGAAGUGUCUCUGCUAAACUUAAAGACUCCAUAUCAUCUGAUCUGGUUGUAGUGUCAGCAAGUCUUUAUGCUAAGAGUUUCAUAACAACCCAGCUACAUGAGGAAAUGCUCGAGGGUCUUGAUAGCAAUUCAAAUAAAGCUGACAAGCUUGUAAAUGUACUACAGACUACUCUUGAUGCCCACACUAAUCCUGAGGCAUAUCUACAAGAAGUGUGCUCAGCAUUGAAAGAGAAAGGACAGAAACAAAUUGUUGAUGUAGUGAACGAAUUGGAACAUACAUUAUUCAUUUCAACAAUGCAAUCUAUUGACAGCAGCAGUGCUAGUGUUCCUGCUAAUAAACUUGAAGACACUCCAGCUUCUAAUAGAACACAAGGAAGAUUAGAAAAAUGGCUAAAAGAAGGAAAAGUUGAGCUCAAACUCACUCGUAUCAAUAUGCAUGGUGCACCUGGAGCUGGUAAAACGUGUUCACUACACCUCCUACUUAAUGAGCCACCACCAGCUUCUACUGAUAGUACAUCAAUAGCUUGUCCUGCUGUUCGAGCAACAAGAAUAUCCAUUGACGGUAAAAAUAAGUGGGAGAGAGUCAAGAUUGAAAAUUUACUCAACCAGCUAGCGUCUCAUUUAGCAGAAGCACCAGCAUCUUCAGAUGAUGUAUCUGAUUGUUCAGAUAAAUUAUUACUGGAAGAACCACCCAAGAAGAAACCAACUGAUAUAGAAGUAAUUAAAGAAAUUUCAAAUGCUCUUGCAACUGGAAAGUUUCAAAAACUAAGCACAAAUUGGGUUUAUUUUAUUGAUUCUGGUGGUCAACCAGCAUAUCGAGAGUUGCUACCUCUUUUUACAAGAGCAGCUGCACUGAAUAUCAUCACCAUUGAUCUUACCAAAGGUCUUGAUGAAAAGUGUGAGUUUCAAUAUCACAUUGAUCAGCAUAGGUAUCCUAUUGAUACAGAUCUGAAGUAUUCUAAUCGUGAUAUAAUAUGCUCAACAAUUAGCUCCGAGGCUAUGUUGAAUCCCAUUGAGAUUCCUUACGUAUCUGACAUGCCUGACCAUCCUCAUUAUCUUAUACUUGGUACACGUAAAGAGUUGGUAACAGAAAAAAAGCUAAAAGAAAUGAAUGAAAGUUUGAGUGAAUAUAGAGCUAAUAAAAAAGUCAAUCCUCAAAAUAUACAUAGAGGUUUGAUUAUAUUUCCAGUUAAUACGCUGCUCCCUGCUGGGUCUAAGGAAAGAGAAGAAGCUAGUGUAGAGCUUUGUACUGCAAUUUCAAAUUGUGCAGUUGAAAUGACGAUUGAGUUACCAAUUCGAUUGCUUACUUUUGAGAUUUCAUUACAGAGGGAAGCUCAGAAGAAGGAACGAAGUUUCCUUACAAAAGAAGAAGCGAUUAAGAUUGGUAGGUCUCUCCGACUUGAUUCAGAAUCAGAUAUUGAUGAUGCUCUGCAAUAUUUGCACGAUGUCACUAUCAUUCUUUAUUAUCCUGCUGUCCUACCAAAUAUAAUAUUUGUUGAUCCUAAGUCAAUUCUUGAUGUCCUUUCACGUCUAAUAGCUAUCACAUCUGUUGGCCAUGAUAAAUUACAUUUAAUUGCUAAUCCACCUCCUUCAGUAGGUGAAUUAAAUAGUCUCAAAAAAUUUGGCCUUUUAAAAAAAAAUAUUUUUAAAAAAGUUGGUAAACAAUUUUUUGAUAAAGAUUUUAAAUCAUCUCACAUGAUCACUCUUCUAAGACACCUCCACAUUAUUGCCAAAGUUAAAAACAGAGAAGAAGGUGACUAUUUUUUCCCGUGUGCAUUACUAUCUUACGAUAAGCUCAAUCCUGCCCCAACAGAAAUACAACCACUUCUCAUAGCAUGGAAGAUCGACAAUAGGGGGACAACAACUCUAGCCAUUCCUCAAGGAUUAUUUCCUUUAACCAUCGUACAUCUUUUAAAAAGAAAAGAUAUUGUAGAAUUUGCUCCUGAUCCAAUUUCAGACCCAGAUCCAGACAAACCAGAAACAGAAUUCUACAGAUGCCAUGAUGCUAUGUCACUUCGUGUUUACAAUGAACACUUGGUACACAUCAUCAAUCGUUAUACACAUAUCGAAAUACGUUUUGGUGGUCACAAGGAAUCUUGUCCACUAGUUUUUAAAUUAGUCACAGAAGCUAUCAAAAGAAGCAGCAAAGACCUCAAUGUUGCCUAUGAUCAUAUUUUUGCAUUCAAUUGCCCCCAAAAUGAACAAUGUUACUGCAUUGUCAAAGAAGAUAAAUCUUCUACCAGGUGUACUCAAUGUCAAUUACAAUGUAAAGUACUGCAAAGAGGUGAUGAUAGCUACGGGUGCUGGUUUAGUGAUUCUCAAUUAUUCAGCUCAAGAAAAAUAGAAGAAUGGCUGAAAGAAGGUGAAGUUAAGCUAAAAGUCACUCGUAUCAAUAUGCAUGGUGCACCUGGAGCUGGUAAAACAUGUUCACAGCACCUCCUACUUAAUGAGCCACCACCUGAGAAACUCACUGAUAGUACACCAAUAGCUUGUCCUGCUGUUCAAGCAACAAGAAUAUCCAUUGAUGAUGAAAAUAAGAAGUGGGAGAGGGUUAAUAUUGAAGAUUUGUAUAAACAGCUAGCAUCUCAUUUAGAGGACGAAACAGAAAAUGAGAAAAUGUCUACAGAAGGGGAUGAAGCAUCAAUGUCUGAAAUUGAUGAUAUGUCUGAAGAUGAUAAUGUCUCUGAUAGUUCAGAUGAAUCAUUAAUGGAAGAGUCAAUCGCAACUGAACCGCACACAAAUGAACCAGUCAGGAAUGAACAAACUGCAGAGAAACAGCAAACCAAAAAUAUACCAGCUGAGAAUAAACCAAUUAAAACAGAAGUAAUUCAAAAAGUUACAAAUGUUCAGGAAACCCAAAAAUUUAACACAAAUUGGGUUUAUUUUAUUGAUUCUGGUGGUCAGCCAGCAUAUCGAGAGUUGCUACCUCUUUUUACAAGAGGAGCUGCACUGAAUAUCAUCACCGUUGAUCUUACCAAAGGUCUUGAUGAGAAAUGUGAGUUUCAUUAUCGUCUUGAGCAACAUGAGUUUCCUAUUAAGACGAAGCUCGAGUAUUCUAAUCGUGAUAUAAUUCGCUCAACUAUUAGCUCCGAAGCUAUGUUGAAUCCUGUUAAAAUUUCUUACGUCUCUCACAUGCCUGAGCACUCUCAUUAUCUCAUACUUGGUACACGUAAAGAUGAGUUGGAAAAAAGAGAGAAGCUAGGUGAGCUGAAUAAAAUGAAUAAAUUGCUGCUUGAAGAAUAUAAAGAUAAUAGAAAAGUCAUUCCUCGUAAUAAGCGUCAUAUCAUAUUUCCAGUUAAUACGUUGCUCCCUGCUGGGUCUAAGGAAAGAGAGGAAGCUAGUGCAAGUCUUUGUAAAGUAAUUUCAAAUUGCAGAGUUGAAAUGACAAUUGAGUUACCGAUUCGAUUGCUUGCUUUUGAGAUUGCACUAAAACUAGAAGCUAAGAAGAAGGAACGAAGUUUUCUUACAAGAGAAGAAGUGAUUGAGAUUGGUAGGUCUCUCCGACUUGAUGAUGAAUCAGAUAUCGAUGAUGCCCUGGAAUAUCUACACAAUGUUACUAUCAUUUUUUAUUAUCAAAAUGUUCUACCGAAUUUUAUAUUUACCAAUCCUAAACCAAUUCUGGAUGUCCUUUCACAUCUAAUAGCUGUUACAUACAUUGACCAUACUGAUCUACAUUUGCUUGCAGAGCCACCUCCUUCACCAGAUGAAACUUAUAAUCUCAUAAAAUUUGGCCUAUUUAAAGAAGAUAUUUUUAAAAACAUUGGUAUGAAGCUAAAAGUUUUUAAUAAAGAUUUUCAACCAUCUCACAUGAUCGCUCUUCUUAAACACCUCCACAUCAUUGCUGAAGUUGAAAACAGAGAAGAAGGAGACUAUUUCUUUCUGUGUGCAUUACCAUCUUGUGACAUAGAUAAGCUCAAUCGUCCUCCACCUGAAAUACAUGUACAACCACUUCUCAUAGCAUGGGAGAUUGACAACAGUGGCACAACAACUCUAGCCAUCCCUCAAGGAUUAUUUCCCUUAACCAUCGUACACCUUUUAGAGAAAAAAGAUACGGUACAAUUUGCUCCUGGUCCAGAUUCAGGUUCAGAUUCAGAUUCAAGUUCAGAUUCAAGUUCAGAUUCAGGCGAUAAAACAGGAUUCUACAGAUAUAAUGAUGCCAUAUCACUUCGUAUUUACAAAGAGUAUACUAUAGAUAUCAUCAAUCGCUAUACACAUAUUGAGAUACAUUUAGAUGAUCACAGCAAAGAAUUUUGUCUAAAAAUUCGAGAAUUAGUUACAGACGCUAUCAAAAAAAGCAGUGAUGAUCUCAAAUAUAUUAGUGACUUGAUCAUUGAUUUUUCCUAUAUAGCUACUGGUACUUUACCAGUACAGCCUCAUCAAGACAGUACCACUGUUAAUCCUGAUAGUGAUCAUGGAGCUGGACAGCUAGGUAUAGAGGAUCUUGAUAAAGUGCUAACAGUGUUACAAGAAGCAAUGUUUGGUUCAGCAGAAUGGAAUAACUUAGGGCUGAAGUUAGGCCUACUAGGACCAACAACACUCGAUGUUAUUGAAGACGGUGGUGGUAAUGCACAUAAGAAACUAAAGAAGACUAUAAAAGCAUGGCUGAGAGGAGAAGAUAAGGUAACUAGUAGAACAUGGCAGACUUUGAUAGAUGCUGUGAAGGGAACAAGAGACCGUGCAGCUGCUGAAAGAAUACCUAAAGAACUGAAAUUCCUUUAUGAUAUUACCCUUUAAUAAUA